AUGUCCUCAGCCAAUCCUAGUCCACAGUGUGAUCUCAGCGCUGGCUGGACACCAUUCGGCUCAAACUGCUACAAGUUCAAGGCCGACGCCAGGAAGACUUGGAACGCUGCCAGACAUGAUUGUGUGCAAGAAGGAGGAGACCUGGUGUCCAUAGUCAACACAGAAGAGCAGCAGUUCCUGCUGGGACAGUUGGACAAUUCAAUGUUGGACCCUUGGAUUGGAUUCUCCACACUGACGUGCACCCAGAUUUCUUGUCAAGUUACUGCAGGAAACACCCAGUUUAAAUGGUCUGACUCAGUCACAGCCUCUUACACAAACUGGGCUACUGGUGAACCUACGGUUGAUCAGCAGUCAGGCUCAUGUGCUGCAGUCAUCAAAGAUUCAUCUGGUGAUUAUGGGAAAUGGCGCUCACACCAGUGCAGAUAUGAGCGCCCAUACAUGUGUAAACGACCACUAAACACCAUUUGUCCUUCUGGCUGGCUGAGCUUCUCUGGCAGUUGUUACUGGUUGGUCAGUAAUAUUAAUCUUCUGACCACAUGGCACGAGGCCUUCACCAGGUGCUCUGAUGUGGGGGCUCACUUACUCAUCAUCAACAGGUAUGAACUGACUUUACUGUUAGCAUUGCUGAUGUUAAAACCCCAUUUACUUGUAUCUUAAUCCCAUAUUAAAACUGGUCUGUAACUGCUAACAAAUUAAUAAAAUACCAUAAACAUCUGUGAUAUACUGUAGCUAUGCUGUCAAGUAGCUAUUUUAAGAACUAAUAUACACUAAUACAAUGCAUGAAAUAUCAUAAAAUAAGCAUUUUACAAAAUUCUGAGAAACAGAAAUGUAAGAGCUUAAUUUCAGACAAACUUAGAACUUUUUUUUCCCCCCAUCUGGCCUCCUUCAAUUCUCGAAAAAAUUGAAAAUGUAUAUAUAAAAGUAUGCCAUUAGUCUUAGGGGUACAGUAAAGGCAGUUUCCAUAGCCCAGGUUAGCUACAUGUGCUAUCUUUGUAGCUUCUUUGGGGUUUAAACAGUAGCUUAGCAUCAUCUGACACAUAUGUCCAUACUUCCUGUAGCCCCAUUGGAAAUGUCAUAAAUGGUUGAUUUUCAUAAAAUUUUAUCAAUUCGUUUUUAUUACACAAUUCAGCAUAAACAUAACUCGAGUUUUCAGAACUUAAACAUUCCCUCAAAGAAGCUAGCAGGCUAAGUGGCUAAACUAUAUCAUGAAGUUGGUGUUUGAAAGCAGGCUACAGAACCUCAGUACAGUUUACUCUGAGUAUAAAAAAGUCUAAACUAGAAGACAAGG